AUGACAACCAUACAAGUUACUGAUCGACUCCUUGCUCGUGGCGUUCUUUCUACGAUAUCUGAGAAUCAACUCAGAAAAGAACUGUUAACAAAUUACCAUGGUAUUAAACAUGUUCAACGAUUGUACAUGAAUGAUGAAUAUAACACUCCAAAGGAACUUGUUCAAAUUGAUUUUACAUCACCAAAACAUACCGAAACUUUUCUUGAAAAUGGUUUUAUUGACAUCUGUAAUCUUCGUUGUCCAGUAAAGGCUUUAAAUUCAAGUACGAAUGUUCAAAAUCAUCUUGAAAAUGUAGUUACUAAUAAAAUUCUUGUCCAUGAUGUUUCUACAGAAAUUCUUAUGAAUGAAUUUGGAGAAAAAUUAUCAAAAUCUUACCCUGGUAUUAAAUAUGUCAAACGAUGGUUUCAGACAAAUGGAUCAGAAGUGCCAACAGAACGAGUUCAGAUCGAUUUCGAAUCAUCGAAAUACACACAAACUAUUCUUCAAGAUGGUUUUAUACAUAUUGGUGAACUUUAUUGGCCUGUGACACCUAUAAAACCCAAUAAUCAUUUACGAAAACAACUCGAAAGUGACUCUGGAUCGGAUAAUCAAUCAGAGAUAUAUACUGAGCAAAACAUACCACAAGUAUUUGAUGAACAAAGCAUAUUACAAGCAUUUGAAGAACAAAAGCAAAAAUUGAGCGAAUUAAUACGUUAUUUCGAUGUUCAGCUCAAUAAUAUUGUUCAUCCUCAAAACAAAAGUGGUGUUGAAUCAUCAUCUGGAUAG